AUGUCUAACAGAAGAAUUAAAAAACCACCACCUCCUGCAUUCAGUUUUAAGCCACAAGAAGAACAAGUUACUGUAACCCCUCCAAGGAAUUUGGACAAACAGACAACUAUCACAGUUGAUGAUAAGACCUUUACUGUUCAUGCUGACGAUCUGGUAAAAUUAUGUGAUCUAGGCCGAGGAGCUUAUGGCAUUGUGGAGAAGAUGCACCACAAGCCUAGUAACACCAUCAUGGCAGUUAAGAGGAUCACAGCUUCAUUCAAUAGCCAAUCAUUAGAACUGAAGCGUUUGUUAAUGGAUCUGGAUGUGUCGAUGCGGGCCAGUGCAUGUCCCUACACUGUACACUUUUAUGGUGCCAUGUUCAGAGAGGGCGAUGUUUGGAUCUGUAUGGAGGUCAUGGAUAUGAGCCUUGAUAAGUUCUAUACAAAGGUAUACAAGAACAAUAAAACAAUUACGGAGAAUAUUCUUGGGAAAAUUGCAUUUUCGGUUGUGAGCGCACUGCAUUACCUCUAUUCGAAACUGAGGGUUAUACACAGAGAUGUGAAACCUUCUAAUAUAUUGAUAAAUAGGAAAGGGGAGGUCAAAAUGUGUGAUUUUGGGAUUUCAGGAUAUUUAGUAGAUUCAGUAGCUAAGACCAUAGAUGCUGGCUGUAAGCCUUACAUGGCACCAGAGAGGAUUGAUCCGAGCGGUAAUCCUGGACAAUAUGACAUCAGAAGUGAUGUAUGGUCCCUUGGAAUAUCCAUGAUUGAACUUGCUACAGGAAAGUUUCCUUAUAACACCUGGGGAACUCCAUUUGAACAGCUCAAGCAAGUCGUAGAGGAUGAUCCACCGAGUCUUCCUAAAGGACAGUUUUCACCCGAGUUUGAGGACAUGAUCACCCAAUGCCUCAAAAAGGAUUACAGGCAGAGACCGAAUUAUGACGCACUGCUUUCACAUCAAUUUUGUCAGGAACACAGCGAGAAAGAAACAGACGUGGCUUCCUUUGUUAAAGAAAUACUUGAUAUACCCGAUGAUUCCUAG